AUGAAACAGACAAACAUCUUUAAUUAGAGUUCUCAAUAUAUUCCUGAAUUAUCAGAACCAAUUGACUUUUUAUAAUUUUCAAAAGACCCAUAAUUAGAUCAAUCUAAUAUUGAUACUUAUAGAAAGUAAGAGAAGCUUGGAAGAUUUAAUUAAGGUCAAAAAAGUUAAUACUAUAUAAUAUAAUUUAGAUAGAGAAUCCAUAUAGAUCUAGUUGGGCUAAUACAAUUUUACAUAAACAUUUUAAUAUUGAUAUUGUUGAAAAGGGACAUAGAUUUAUAAUUAAAAAAAUGCCUGCCACUGAAGGUACAUCUCAAACUAAAAUUACUCAUUUGCCAACAAUAUAGACAUCAUUAUAAAGAGACAAAAGUUAACUUUUUUCUAGUAUUUCUCAAUACACUAGAAACAAUCUAGAUAAAUUCUUUAAAUAAAAAAGAUAAUGUCAUGUAUCUACAUCAACAGAAAAAAAUAGUUUAAACAUACUUAAUUCAAACUGUAAAUAAAUAGAAGUGAAUGAUGUGUUCUCCCUUAUACAAGUUAAAAGUUAAGAAAGGUUGAUGCCAAUUUUUGAUGUAAAUUUUAAAAAAAAUCUUUUAUAAUACAAUAUGUGA